UGCUCCCUAAAGGUCAAGGCCGUUUACGCAAGAAGGCAACGUGUAGUGUAUUUCUUAGAGAGAUGUGACUCGAGCUUUCCGUGAUCACAGUCAGGUCCACGUGCUCAGACAUUUCUCGGGAAUGUUUAAAAUCGAGCAUUACUCUGAGUGAAGUAUAAAUGAAUACGAAUAUAAAGACAUUUUGUUUUACCUGUUUUAAUUGUAAAAAUAUAAAUACAGAUAACCACAGAAGUACAUUGUUACAUAUGUGUAUGAUUGAGUGCCCGGCUGUUUUGGGAUGUGAGGGUUGUUGUACCCCAUCAUUUUUUGUCGCCUGGUUUGACUUUAUAAGCGAUCUGUGAUAAUGGCGGGUCGAGGUAGGGGAAGAGGCCGUGGUGGAGGUAAAGGGAUGUCAUUUUCUGUAGAGACACUAGGGUUUGGUCGUGGUGAAGCACUCCCAGCUCCAACACUUCAGCCGCCCCCUCUUUUCCCGCCAUUGGAAUUCAAACCAGUUGCUCUGACAACUGGCGAAGAGAUGGACUAUAUUUUAGCAUUAAAACAGGAGUUCAGGGCAACCAUGAAAGAACUACCUUAUUAUGUAAAAGCACAGGAAAAGAAGAAGGACAUAGAGAGGUACACUGACAAGUACCAAACUGGGCAGCAAGACAGUAGCAUUAACUGGGAGCCUGAUUGGAAAAGAUUUCCCAAAGAACUCAAAAUACGAGUCAGGAAAGCAGCUAAAAUACAAGCAGUAGUUAGACCUAGUCUUCCAAAGAAGACAAUUAGCAGGAAAGCUGAUAAAGAUGUUCUACAGACUUUAGAGGAACUAGAAAAGAAGGCUGUUGAAAUUGAUGCUGAAAAAGAUGAAGAAGAUGAAGAAGAAAAGAAAGAAGAAGAUGGUGAACAAGAGGAAGAGGAAGAAUAUGAUGAGGAAGACCUGGAAGAGGAGACUGACUACAACUUGAAUUAUUUUGACAAUGGGGAAGGUUAUGGUAUGGAGGAUGAAGAUGAUAAUCUUGAUGAUGGACCAACCUAUUGAUGUGUUCUGGCCGUUUUCAGUGUUUCAGGAUAAAACCAAGCAUACUAAGUACCACUACCCGGAGAAACCUAAUCUUGGGCUCACAGGCCAAGGAUUGUUGGUCUUGAUACAAAGGACCCUAUCAGACUCAAUCAUGCUAACUGUGGAUCGAUGUAUUACGAGGAGAUUCUCGCUAAAUUGCAAUCAACUUAAGCUGCUUAGAUGUC